AUGAAGAGUCCGUUUGAACAGCUCCGCCAGCAGAUGAAUGACAUCUUGGGUGAUGGAGGGAUCCUGAAAGAGGUGGUCCAUCCUGGAGAGGGUCCACCUGUACCCCAAAAUGCUUCAGUAUUGAUCCAUUAUUCUGGCUUCCUGGAAUACUCAGACCACCCUUUUGAAACCACUGUAAACUUCAAAUACCCCCAGAUGAUGAAAUUAGGGAGAGAUGUGACGCUGGUUGGACUGGAGCUGGGUCUGCUGACCAUGCAGAAGGGAGAGUUCUCUCGUUUCCUCUUCCAGCCCCAGUAUGCGUAUGGGGACAUGGGUUGUCCUCCAUUCAUUCCCUCCUCUGCUGUGGUUCUGUAUGAGGUCCAGAUCCUCGAUUUCCUCGACUCGGGACAAGUGGACGACUUUGUCGCACUGAGUCCGGAGGAGCAGAACACUGUUCCUCUGUCCACACUUCUUGAAGUUGUCAACACACUGCGCAGUUUUGGCAACCGCUGCUUUAACCAGAGCCGCUAUGACAACGCCAAAGAUCGCUAUAAACAGGCGAUGAUGCUGCUGGGGAGCAGGGAAACACAGAGCGACGCAGAGAAAGAGGGGAUCAAGAAAGCCCUGCUUCCUCUCUAUCUGAACCUUUCUCUCACUGAGCUCCGUCUAGACAGCCCGCGCAAAGCCCUCAAAUAUGGCAACAAAGCCUUGGAGAUAGACUCAGGCAACACAAAGGCUCUGUUUCGCUGCGGACAGGCGUACCUGGACCUGCAUGAGUACGAGAGUGCCCAGGAUUGCCUCAUAACCGCUCAAGCGAAGAGGCCUUUUGACAGUGACAUUAACAACCUCCUGAGGAAAGUGGCAAUGUGCUAUAAAGACAGCUUGGACAAACAGAAAGACAUGUACUCAAAGAUGUUUCGAGGCUUGAGGGGCCCAGUGAAGAUGUAAAGAUGUGAAGAUGUGAAGAAAAAAGAUGGCAGAAAAAAGAGCGAGCUUCAAGGUUUAACAUCACAUUUUCUCUCCAGUACUGAUCAUUCGAAAAGAGUUACACCCUUUGUGUUUUCUGCUUAUGUUGUGAAGGUAAUAAUAUUGUAGAGAUGUAUUGUUAAUUUCCUUUAAAAUAAUUAGUUACUUAUAAUUCUUAUUAACAAGGGUUUGUUAAUAAUGUGGCUGAACAGUUGUUUUUCUGUUUGAAGAUUUGCUUUACAGGAUUUGUUUUCACCUCAAAUGAAUAUGAUUAUUAUGGCUGGAAUGGCAGUCACCAAUCUUGAGUGGCUGCUUUUUCUAGAGUUGCCACCUCUCUUUAAAUUCUCUUCUUAAAAACUGUUUGUACUGGAGUAUUAAACGUUUUCUGACUCUCUUACUCUUGAGGUGAUACUAAUAAAAAAUCAAA